UUUUUGUUUCUCCUUGUGAAUGUUGUAUUCUUUGUUCUUAAUCUAAUUCAUAAAAUUACGUAGUGUAUAUGAACCUUAAGUAAUGUGUCGCCAUACUCAAUAUAAUCUUGCCAGUGUAGCCCAUGCGAAAAAACAAAUGUCAAAUUUUUUGACCUCCAGUUUUUUCCGUGUCUGGCUGUGAUAAAAUCCGUAGGUUUUUAUACGAUUGUCAAAUGUGGCCUUAGAAGUGUGGAUCUUUAAAUUAAUAAUUAAUUUUAGAAUGCGUAUAGAGUGCGGUGUAACGGAAGUGCUCGCGUAUUAUUGUUUGCGGUCAGUGCAUUAAGUGUUAUUGAAGGAUAACGAUGCGUAUCGGAAUUGUGUUUUAUUGGUGCGUGUUAGCAUUGCAUCUGUGCAAAGCGGAAGAUGUGGAAAGGACAGAGUCAAGGGAGGGUGCCAGAAGGCCGCAGUGGGGGACAACAGUGCGGAGUGGGUCGUUCGUGAGCGAGUCUGCAAUCGCCGCAUCGAAUGAACAGAUCCUCGUGGAGGCGUGUCACAACGAGCCUGGAUGUCUCCAGGACCGAGCGGGGCUCGAAGCCAUCACGCAGCUCCACAAGCAACUAGACGACGAUGCGAAUGGCAACGUCGACCUUAGCGAGAGUGACGAUUUCCUCCGCGAGGAGCUGCAGUAUGACAGCGGGUACGAGAAGCGACAGCGAGCCUUCCACCACAAUGAUGACAUGCACAUAUCCGUCAAGGAGCUUUGGGAGGCGUGGCUUAGAUCAGAAGUCCACAAUUGGACGGCGGAACAGACGGUGGAAUGGCUAACACAGUCUGUAGACCUCCCGCAGUACAGGAGCCUGUUUCUGCAACACAAAGUUACAGGCGCUACGCUGCCCAGGUUGGCAGUGAACAACAUGCAGUACGUAAGCAACGUCCUUGGUAUCAAGGACCCCAUACACAAGCAGAAGCUGGCCCUCAAGGCCAUGGACGUGGUCCUCUUCGGGCCCCCUAAAGAAGGCAGUCGCUGGAAGGACUGGCUGCUGGCGUCGCUAAUGCUCGGUGCCGUCGCCGGCGGCUGGGCGGCGCUGCGGGCUGGUCGCGCCAGUCGGCACCAGGUCCAAAGGAUGCUGAGGGAUAUGGAGCAGCUGAGGAGAGCCGAGCUGGCGCUGGAUGACAUGCAGAAGGAACUUGAGAAGGCGCGGUUAGAACAGGAAAGCGCCACCACAGAAAAGAAGAAUUUGGAGAAGAAGUUAAGAGAGGCCGGCGACACGCCGCUGCUCAACUCCGCCUCCUCAGAUCUUGAAGUCACGCAGCUGAAAGCUGAGAUUGAGAUGUUAAGAGCAGAAUUAAGGCGUGCUGAAGGCGAACUCGAGGACCGGUGCUGGGCGCCACCCUCGGGAUUACAGCAGUGGCUCCAACUCACACACGAGGUCGAAAAUAGGUCGUACCUACGUAAGAAACAACAGGCGGACAUGCAACUGCAGCAGGCCAGAGAAGCGUGCGAGAAACUCCGCAAGAAGCGCUCAAGUCUGGUCGGAGCAUUUGUAUCCACGCACGGCAAGUCCAUAGACGACGUGGACCGUUCUAUCGUCGAGGCGCGCACCGCGCUCAAUGAAGUCACUCAGGAGCUAUCGGAGAGAAUGCACAGAUGGAAACAGAUUGAGCGGCUGUGCGGCUUCAACAUAAUCAACAACAACGGCAUUCAGUUCUUAGAGGGCAUGCUGUACAGGAACUCCAACGGUCGUCCUGGCGCUAGAGUGCGCAUGGGCAGCUCGCAGGACGACCUGAGCGUCGGCGACGACGCGUCGCUCUGCGGCUCAGUAGCCGACAACUUCGGGUGGCGGGAGGAUUCUUCGGGGAGCGAGGCGGAUGCACCCCACUAUCCUCUGGACUUGCGAUUGGCUGAAGCUAGGUUACAAUUAGAAGAGCGCUUAGCUCAUGAAGCCCGCGAGCGGCGGAUCGACGACCGUAGAGAAGAACUAAGAGUGAAGAGCUCCCUCAGCGACUUACGGAGGAGUCCCGCCGACGAGCGCCGGCGGGCGGACCCCGUGCACUUCAUACUGGGAGGGGACAACGUGAACUGGACAGGGGAGGAGCUAACGCGCGCACCCCAUUCGCAGUCUCAGCCCGCCCUGCGCGCCUCCCUGCGCGGCGCGCCGCUCCCGCCGCCGCGCCGCACCCCCGCGCAGAUCAUGCGGUCUCGCUCUACUGACGUAGUGGCACUAGAUCCGGACAGAGCGAGACCAACGCUGGCCAAACAGAAGCCUCUGACCGAGAAUUCAAUGAGCGCGGAGGCCGCCAGCCCGGCCAGCAUCACGCCGCCCGAGGAGGAGUCCACGGACUCGUCGCUGGUGGAGGAGGACGGGCGGCCGCGGCGGCGCCGGCGCCUGCACCUGCCCUUCGGCAAGAAGGCCAAGGCCCCGGCGUGACCCGCCGCGACCCGCCCCGCCCGGCCCCGCCCGGCCCCGCCCGGGGGUGACAACUAACACCUUCAGAUUACCACGAUUUGGGUAAUGUAGACACAAAAAGCAUAUUUUCAUUUGGCAUAAAUACGAAAUAUAUUUCAUAAAUUAUAACUUAUGUAACAAUCCAUUUGCAUAAUAUAGACACACAGUGGGUAUAUUAUAUUUUAACUGCAACUUAAAACCGUGAAAAAGGAGGAUAUGUCCCCGGGGGACGAUCAUACGCCAGGCUACGGUGCGGUAAGGCUCCAGAGUGCGUUAGACCUGAAAUUAAAACUAGGGCGAGUAAUGUUUUGUAUAGAAACUAUUAGGCAUAUUUUGAUUUUCCAUCAAACAAUGUCAAUAAAAGAGUUGUACAAAAAUAAUUAAAUAUUCAACCAACCUUGAUAAAAAAGUAGUUUUAUUUUUGCAAAAUUAGCUAUGAUCAGCUAGAAAGACGAUAGAGACAGACCAAGCAAAGUUGGCUGCUAUUUUGAUAGCCCAGGUUUGACGUUUAAAAUAACACUUGCACCCUCUGAGCUAACAAAAUCACUGCCAGUGUUGGCCGAACGUUAAUUGCAAUUAACCAUUAUAAAUUGAACCGUAACCGUAACGGACAGUUACACUUUACGGUUCAAUUUAUAAUGGUUAUCCCAAUCAUUUUUAAUUGCAUUAACAUUUCGGCCAACACUGAUCACUGCCAACUUAGCCGUCUGUUCCAAAUUGAAUGUAAGAACUUCGCUUCGCUCGCUCGUUCGAUUAUUAAGAUUAUAUUUUAAACAUAUCCUUGAAAUUUUACUCAUAUUCGAAUCGUUGAAUAAUGCUUUUCAGUCGUAUGCUUCUUGAAAUUAUGCUUUUUGUUUGAUUGACAGAACGGCACCCCUACUAAUAUAAAACUAAAUUGACUAAAAAAAUAAAUGGCCUUAUUUGGCACUUGUGUCUCUUAGCUACUUAUAUAAUUAAAAAGCCUUUAUAGGGACCGUGCGCGUUGGAGGGUCUGCCAUCUUGUAGCCUGAAUCGGAACCAUAAACAUGCACAUUUACACGUUACGUGUUUUCUUGUCCAUAGUAGGCUCUGCCAUCUUGUGGGCUACAUCGGAACAAUAAACAUCAAAUUUACGCCUCGCGCCAAAAAUCUGACGGCACCUGUGCUGCCUCCUACAGUUCAUGCACGCUCCCUAUAUUGACUAUUAUUUCAUUUGCGACGAAUGUGACUAUUAAUAUUUAUAAAUGUAGUUCAAAUCUAUGGACAUUGAUAUGGACGACAGAGGCGUGCCAUUGUUCACCCAAAAAAAUAUGUAUACGACAAUUUUACGUUAUAAGAAUUGACUUUUUAUCCUCAUUUCUUAUGCCCAUUAAAUGUUAUCUUGAUUGAUUGGUCGCUAGGGUAUUGUUUUGAUUAGAAUGCUUCCAAAGGUUAUUUUUCAAGCACUAAAGACAGUAUAGUUAUCCAAUAUGUCAUACAUUGCAAUUUUUUAUUUAGUUCAAUGUUAUUAUAUUAAAGAAGUGACAAUACUGAAAAAAAUAUUGAUGCAACAUCUGUUGAGUACAACUUUAUAAUGGCUAUUUUAAUCUGUUUAAUAUAGUUUACACAUAUAGACCGUAAAUUUGUUAAAUAUUAUUUUUACACGUUCAUAAAGAUAAUUAUUCAAGUAGGCAUAUUACAAUGCGCUUAUGAACGUCUAAUAAAGCUACGCCGGAACAAUAUGGCACCGGCAAGAAUCAGCCGUCAUGUGACCAGCCGACGGUCUUUCCACCGCAACACAACCGGCUAAAGAUUUAUUCACUAUCUAAAAUCUCACAAAGUUUAUAUCGGGAUGCGAUGACUAUUUUUUUAUGUUUGAGUGUCUGCCGCCCAUUCCUCAAACCACUAACAUACACAGCGCCAUUGACCACUUAAGGAGUUAUCGCCCGGGAUGCUAUUGGUCAUGGAUAUCUGGGCUUUACCGUAUUGUUUUUUAUUAUAAAAUCUAAAUGGACUGUAAAUAAAUAAAAACAAAGAGAAUUUGAAAUAGAGGUGGAUUGUCAAAGAAAACUUUGUAGCCACAGUAAAUUUACUGCCAUCUUUUGACACAUGAUAAGAAGUUUUAAAACUGAUAUGUGUUUAAUUUGUUAAAUAUCAAAAAGUGGCGCCAUAUAAUAGAUCAAAGGCGAAUCGCUCGAAACGAUGGCGCCAAAACCUUUGGGUUAUGCUCGGUAAAUUGGCGCCAAUUUUUGAUAUUCAACAAAUUUAACACAUAUCAGCGAAAGAAUAAGGAUCAAAGUCAAAUGGAGUUCUAAAAGUUUUAAUCAUGUGUCUAAAGAUGGCAGUAAAUUUACUGUGGCUACAAAGUUUUCUUUGACAAUUUACCUCAAUUUCAAAUUCUCUUUGAUAAAACUUAUAUUUAUGAUAUGAGUGAGUGAGAAAUAGUUCAAUGUAUUUAGCCCUGAGUGUGUUUAGCACUUUUGCACAUAUGUUACUGUUGUCUACACUUGUUUUAAAGAGUUUAGGUACAAUUUAUUAAAUAAUUUAAAUAGUUUUAUUUGUUCCGACGUAUGUACUUAAAGUUGGCAAGUAUUACGAAUGACGGAGUAUUGUGGACAUUGUAUAUAAAUGUAUUUUAUGUAAUACCAUGUGAGAUGCUGUGUCACCUAUUAAAAAAAACCGGUCAAGUGCGAGUCGGACUCGCACAGGAAGGGUUCCGUUUCAUUAUCUAUAAAAACGGUCACCCAUCCAAGUACUGACCCCGCCCGACGUUGCUUAACUUCGGUGAUUGGAUGAGAACAUAGAGAUUGGAAAGAAAUAUUUAUUUAAAUUUCAACUGGCUAAAUAUCACGGUUCAGGAGAUACAGCCUGGUGACAGACGGACGGACAGCGGAGUCUCAGUAAUAGGGUCCCGUUUGACCCUUUGGGUACGGAACCCUAAAAAACACACGGGCAAAAAAAUCGCCAAGUUUUUUGUUAAUAACUAAUCAUGUGACAUCGCAUUUGUAUUAGAUCCACUACAUAACUGGGUAAUAUAAAUGAGUCAAUUUAAUAUUUAUAAAUCGCGUUUUAAGAUGGAUCUGAUCGACCGCAAAAUGGGCAUUCCACGAGAAUGUAGCUUACGUAACGCCAUUCUUCUGAAAAUCCUGAGAAAGCUAUUUUUUUUAUUUUAUUUAUUUCAAACAUAUUUCCAUAACAUUACAGUCGCAACCAAUACGUCAUGAAAUUAUAUAAAUUAACAGCGUAAAACUACACAGUUCUUCUUCUUCUUCUUCUUACAUCUAUAUUGGAUCUGGUAAUAUUUCAUGAAUUGGAUCGACGGUAUUUAGUGGAACUUUACGAAUUUGAUUGAUGUAACUGCCAUACAAGGCAAAAGCGUUACGUAAACGACAUUCUCGUGGAAUGGCCCAAAAUAUAUGUGAUGAUUUUUUAUACACUUUUAAAUGCUUGUUUGGAAUGUUUCAUUUUCGACUGUCGCGUAUUCAUGUUUCUAAAUUGUUAACUCUCUCCCAGUUACGUGUCUUCCUUAUUUUAUAUUUUUACUAAAUUUUGAUUUGGGUAUUUUGUGCUGACACUUUUAACCGCUUUGUUCGAUUUAAUUGCCUACUUUCGCUUAGUAGAGAUACAUGAGCAUAUCAUUGUAAAAAUAAUAUUUAUUUUAAAAUUGGGUUUUAUUGACUUAUCUCAGCAAAUUAUUAGGUAUAUUAAAUAUAUUUUAUACUUUAAUAAAUUAUUCAUUUAGACUUGGUUUUCGCGUUUACUUAAAAAUUAACUAUAUACUUUUGUAAAUAGCUGUUACAGCCUAUUACUGAGGGUUUCAGAUACUUAGUUCGCUAUAGAUACAAAUCUAUCUAUAUUUUAUGUGAAUGUCUAUGUCGAACUAUAGUUUACUCGGAGAUAGGUAUAUUCAUUAUUUAUGAUAACAGUUUGAAAUGAUUCACGGUUAGUUUCACUAGAUUUAAAUCGACUGGGAUAUGGACCGUGAUUACCUUUUAGGAUUGUUUUCGAGCUCCCGAUAUUUCGACGCAGUUACAUGCAUCUUGUUCACGGGUGGGUGUCAAAGUUGUGUAGACCGCGCGCGCGUUAUGAUAACUUAUUCGUUACGAAAUCCUUCUUCCACGUUUUAGAAUAACUAAUGAUUUAUUCGAAUAAAUUAAACAAUUUAAGAAGAUACUUUAUCGUGAUUGCUAAACAAAACGUCUUCCCCUGUAAUCACAUUAGAUCCAACUCGUCAAAUCGGCUCUCAGUUCCGAGGGCCUACCGCGAACCACGUUCGACGUUGUUGCCUCUCUGUCGCACUCGUAAAUUCGUAGGUAAGUGUGACAGGGAGGCAACACGUCGAACGCGGUUCGCGGUAGCCUCUCCGAAGUCUGAAGCACGUUCGACGUGUUACCUCCAUGUCACAAAUUUACAAGUGCGACCGAGAGGCAACACGUCGAACAUGGUUCGCGGUAGGCCCUCAGAGCUCAAGAAAUUAACUCAGAAAGUUCCAACUAUAAACUGCACUUUUUUAUCAUUACCCAGCAGUUAUAUUCGAAUAUUUUUUUCCCGUCUCCGAGUUUACUUCCAACCCUGACAGCCCUCAUAAAAACGUGCGUGUCAAUUUUCUGUAAGUAAAAUUUAGUAAAACUAAACAAGUCAUAUCGCAUCAUUCCUUCGUUUGCGUAGUAUGAUAGCGAUGUCGCCCCUAGCUGUGUAGUGUAACGUAUUUUAAGGUAAUUCGGUGCUAAAAGAACGUUGUCAGACUGAAAAACCGCGUGGCUCAAAUAUUUAAUACGCUGUUUUUUUUUUGAUGUGACGUUUUUUGCAAAAGUGAAUCACUUUGUAGGAGCCUAAGGUAAGAUUUUCAUAAAGUUGUAGUUAGUAAUACUCCUUACUGUGAACGGACAGAUUUGUAGGUUUAAAUGCCGGCAUUGCACUUGUAACCCGUCUCGUGUCGUGAUGCAGGUGUCCAUGUGCGCCGGUAAUUGCUUGCCACCAGGCGAUUCGUAUGUUCGUUUGCCUCCAAUAUCAUUAAAAACAUAGCUUUUGCUUAAAAUCGUCACAAAUACACCUACAUGUGGUUGUUAUGUCCUUUUGUAUUGAUAUGAAAUGGCGCCCAUAUAAAAUGUUUAAAAAGCCACACAGUUCCGAUUUUUUAUACUUAUCCGAGUUUUUAGCCAAGUUAUAUAAGUGUUGUCAGUUUAUUUAAUUUGUACUUAAGCAAUCGCUAGCGUGCAGUGGUUCGGUCCUAACUUGGCUGAUGCACUUCCUUUUUGCUGCCGGC